UACUCGACAUUCUACAUUGCAUAUAAUGUGUACUCGACAUUUUCACAUUGCUUAUUAUGUGUACUCGACAUUCGACAUUGCAUAUUAUGUGUACUCGACAUUCCACAUUGCAUAUUAUGUGUACUCGACAUUCUACAUUACUUAUUAUGUGUCUCGACAUUCCACAUUGCAUAUUAUGUGUACUUGACAUUCCACAUUACUUAUUAUGUGUUCUUGACAUUCCACAUUGCAUAUUAUGUGUUCUCGAAAUUCCACUUAGCAUAUAAUGUGUUCUCGACAUUCCACAUUGCAUAUUAUGUGUUCUCGACAUUCCACAUUGCAUAUUAUGUGUUCUCGACAUUCCACAUUGUUUAUUAUGUGUUCUCGAAAUUCCACUUAGCAUAUAAUGUGGUCUCGACAUUCCACAUUGCAUAUUAUGUGUACUCGACAUUCCACAUUGCAUACUAUGUGUAUUUGACAUUCCACAUUACUUAUUAUGUGUUCUUGACAUUCCACAUUGCAUAUUAUGUGUUUUCGACAUUCCACAUUGUUUAUUAUGUGUUCUCGACAUUCCACAUUGCAUAUUAUGUGUUCUCGACAUUCCACAUUGCAUAUUAUGUGUUCUCGACAUUCCACAUUGUUUAUUAUGUGUUCUCGAAAUUCCACUUAGCAUAUAAUGUGUUCUCGAAAUUCCACAUUACUUAUUAUGUCUAA